AUGUUUCGAUCCCUGGUGUCCAGAUUGUUGACAGUAGUAGGCCACCGAGACAAGUUGACAUUCGCUGCGGACCCAUCUACGAAGAAGCAACUUGUCCUCGAAAAAGAGCAUCGGGCCAACUCCGACCCCCCGAUUCCCACGCAGGCGCACAAGCCACAUUUCGCCUCCUCUCCUCCACAACUCCUCCUCCUCCUCCUUCUCUUCCAUCUCGCCUGCCCUCUUGCGACCUCUCUUCUCCACUCCUCGCCCUUUUCCAGCAUGUCGGAUCUCUAUCCAGUUCCGCUCGGCAUAGCCGCCUACCUCGGCUACUCUGGCUACCGCAAAGGAUCGCUCUCGCUUUCCGGCGCGGUCACAGCCUCGCUCGUCGGAUACGCGACCAUGGCCAACCCUUUCGUCGGAUACGGUCUCACGCUCAUCACCUUCUACCUCGUCGGCUCGAAAGCGACCAAAUUCAAAGCAUCCGUCAAAGCAAAACUCGAAACUCACUCUCCCCCCGAUUCUCCGUCUCCGCAGAAACAGAGGGAUACGUCGUUGGGAAAUAGAACGGCUGUUCAGGUGUUGUGUAAUAGCGCGACGGCUGUUGCCGCGUGUAUUGCGGUCAGGGUGCUGAGUCGGGGGCAGGUGGAUCCGUUGGGGACGAGAAGCUUGAGCGAGGUGGAGGUGGGAGGAUGGAGGUGGGGCGUGACGAGUUUGGGAUUGACGUUGGUGGUUGCGGGACACUAUGCCGCUUGUAUGGGUGAUACGCUUGCUUCCGAGCUGGGAAUCUUGUCCAAGACGCAACCGAGACUCGUCACCAACCCAUUCCGCAAGGUGCCACCGGGGACAAACGGUGGUGUGUCGCCACUUGGCCUGACCGUCUCUGCACUCGGUGGGACGCUGAUCGGCGUCAUCACCUCGAUCUCGCUUCUCAUCCACUAUCGCUUUUCCCCUCCCUCCUUCUCCACCGCUCCGACGCUGCAAACACACGUCAAACUCAUCUCCCUCCUCACAGCAUCCGGUCUCUUCGGCUCUUUACUGGAUAGCAUCCUCGGCGCAACGCUCCAACAGACACUCUACAACAAAUCCAGCAAGAAGAUCCUCAUCGGUCAAAUCACCGACGUCCUCGACGCCAAGAAACAGGACGACCCCAACGCAGCGUGGGAAAAGGUCACAGGCUGGAACGUAUUGGACAAUAACGCGGUCAACUUUGUCGCUUCUGCUCUGACCGCCGUCAUGACCGUUUGGGUCGGCAGCAAGGUAUUCUAG